AUGUCCAGCAUUGGUCCGACUGCAGCUCUUACUCCUGCUAUUUGGGACAAGACCAUCCCGUAUGAUGGCGAGAACUUCCACUUGGAGUACAUGGACUUGGAGGAAUUCCUCAUGGAGAAUGGAAUUCCUACCUCACCCGACAGUGACGAUAUGUCCCAGGAGUCCAGCCCCUCAAAGGCAGACAAGAGGCUGAAAUCAGAGGUUACCGAAACACCAGAGGUCCCCCUGCUCCCCAUUCAACAGCUCGAGCAGUGCUCCGAGGAGGUAGUGAUCAUUACCAAGUCAGACUCAGAUGUCACCUGUGACAUAACUGCAGAAGUGACCACUGAAAAAGACAGAAUAACCCCUGAACCAGUCAACCCAGAAGAGAUUGAGGUGAAUGUAAACUAUGAGCCCGACCCCACAGACCUGGUCUUGUCCAGUGUCCCAGGAGGAGAGCUGUUUGACCCACGCAAGCACAAGUUCAGUGAGGAGGAGCUCAAGCCACAGCCCAUGAUAAAGAAGGCCAAGAAGGUGUUUGUUCCAGAGGAACAGAAGGAUGAGAAGUACUGGCAGAGGAGGAAGAAGAACAACAUGGCGGCCAAACGCUCACGAGACGCUCGGCGAUUGAAGGAGAACCAGAUCACAGUGCGAGCAGCCUUCUUAGAGAGGGAGAACACUGCCCUGCGGACCGAGGUGGCUGAGCUGAGGAAGGAGUGUGGCCGCUUCAAGAAUAUUGUGGGACGAUACGAAGCUAAAUUUGGAACACUUGCUGUGACGGAUGACCUUUAGACCACAAGUCGAUUUAUUUUUCAGAUGUUUAAAUAAAUCAUAUUGGUCUUUGAAGAGGAGUAAGAAGAGAAGAAUGUUUAUUUUUCAUGCAUUAUCUAUUCAUUUAAGUUCUGAGAAGUGCUUCUUCAGUACACAUAUUAACAUUGUGUACGCAUCAUGUUUUGUAAGUCUUUGGCCUAAUGAGAUCAUAGUUGGUUUGGGUUAAAUAUGGGGUUGAUUAUUGAUUUUUAGAUCACUAGUUUAUUGUUGUCUUCAAUGUGUUUUUUUUUUGUUUUUUUUUUUUUCAAAAAGUAAUUUCUAUUUCUAGUUACGAUAUUGUAGAUUAUGAUAACUUGGGUAUUUUGCCCACUAAAUGUUUGACUGUGACAAUUCCAGUUAACUUCUUCAGGGGAAUUUCGUGACAAGGCUACGCUACGGUGUACCAUGUUCACAAUGAAUAAUUAACAGUUGCGCAUGAUAAAUGGCACAGAGCUGUACAUAUGUUCACGGUUGCUCUGGUGCCAUGCAAUGUCUGUCCUUGUCUGUCUAAAGCAUGACAUGUAAAUAAGCUAAUAGUAUGCUUUUAUUUUUAUUAUUCUGUAUCAAUUCAGAACAUGAGUCAUGUUUUGUAUGCCAUUUUCAAGUAACUGGAAUUAACGUGUUCAUCCAUUCAUGAUCUCUAUUACAGCAUCAGACAUGUAUGUUCCCUACAAUUCCAAAAUGAAUCAAAAUAAGACAAAAAAUGCCAUUCAAAACAUGUAUUAUAUUCAACUUGCAUAACUCCACGUCAAAUGACAAACUAUUUUUAUCAAAUAUGACACAGUUGCGGAAGAUCUAUGUACUCGCAGACUGCUGUGUGGCAGUGUGUACCCACAGUAUUUUCCAAGUGUCUUCUCUGUCAAAGCCAUUUCAAUGCAGUUUCCUGUCUGCUAGAUUAUAGGUUUGUGUAUUGCACCAUCUGCUUUGAAAAUGCAUCCUGUCUAAAGGGAAAGUUGUUUGUGAGCUUCCAUAAAUGAGUACAAUAACUUGUAAAGGAAUAAAUGUACUGUCAGAAUGUCCAGGUAGUCCUCUUAAGUUAAGGCAUAGUUGGUGACAUUAUAAUUAGACAAAAAUUGCUUCCUUAGAUGUUUUACACAUUUACAUCUUUCUGCUUAUUAUCUUGCCUUUAUAAACAGGUCAAUUUGUUAACUGUAAAAUGUGUUUUUUUAACCUCUGUCUUUAUUUUUUGUAAAAUAGUUUGAAGAGUAAAAACUUUUCUCUAUUGUAUAAUGGUAUGUAAUAAAGUUGUUUAAAUGUG